GAUUCUGCGCCCGCCAUGGCCGACAAAAUGGACAUGUCUCUGGACGACAUCAUCAAACUGAACCGGAGCCAGCGCGGCGGCCGCGGCGGGGGCCGGGGCCGCGGCAGGGCCGGCUCCCAGGGCGGCCGCGGCGGCGGAGCGCAGGGCGCCGCGCGAGUGAACCGAGGCGGCGGGCCCAUCAGGAACCGAGCGGCCAUUGCCCGCGGCGCAGCCGGCGGCGGCAGGAACCGGCCGGCGCCGUACAGCCGGCCGAAACAAUUGCCAGACAAAUGGCAACACGACCUUUUCGACAGCGGCUUUGGGGGCGGUGCUGGCGUGGAGACCGGUGGGAAACUGCUGGUGUCAAAUCUGGAUUUUGGAGUGUCGGAUGCUGAUAUUCAGGAACUCUUUGCUGAAUUUGGAACUUUAAAGAAGGCUGCAGUGCACUAUGACCGGUCUGGCCGGAGUUUAGGAACCGCUGACGUGCACUUUGAGCGGAAGGCGGAUGCCCUGAAAGCGAUGAAACAGUACAAUGGCGUGCCAUUGGACGGUCGCCCCAUGAACAUCCAGCUGGUCACAUCACAGAUUGACACACAACGGAGACCUACACAGAGUAUAAACAGAGGGGGCAUGACUAGAAACCGUGGCUCUGGAGCUUUCGGUGGCGGUGGCGCCCGGAGAGGCACCCGUGGGGGCAGCCGGGGACGAGGCAGAGGAACUGGCAGGAGUUCAAAGCAGCAGCUUUCAGCAGAGGAGUUGGACGCCCAGUUGGAUGCUUAUAACGCCAGGAUGGACACCAGCUAAACAGACCCAUGGAUCUGUGCACGGAAUAGGACCCAGACGUCUCUCGCCCGUGCUCCCUGGCGGGUGGGAGGGUGCGGGCCUUGAACUGGGUAGCCAAUGGUGGAUUUGUUUCUUUUGUGUUUUAAAAUAGGAUUUAAAAACUCAUGUAAAGGUUUUUUUCCUUUUUUUUUUUUUUUUUAAAUUCUGAAGCAGCCAUGUUUUGUACUGAUUUAUUUUUGGGAUAAACUUUACUGGUUGUUGUUGUGGGGAAGGUGGUGUUCUCACCUUUGCCAUAAUAAAAUAGAACUGUGUGUAGAACUA